AUGGAUCCUGCUAGUCUUUGUCCUGCAGUUAGUGAUGAUGGCGGUAGUUGUCUUACUACUUCUGCUGAGAAGCCCUGCCCUCCUAAUUCUUCCGUUUCAACCGAUGGUCAGCCUUGUUCCCCAGCAUCAGCAAAAGUACCGGAUGCAACUCAACCACAACAGAUAACUACUGGUGAUCCUGGUUCUGGUGGUCAUGGUUCUUCUUCUGAUUCUCUCUCUGAAACUGGGGUUCAUGGAGCUGGUAUCAUUUCUGGUGUUCAACCCCAACAACCUCCUUCACCUCCUACCCUUCCUCAUCAGCAAUCUGCGCCUGGUACCACUUGCACUCCGACUUCUCCUGAUCAUCCUUGUACAACUACACCAGAGGAACUCACUCCAACUAAUCCAGUAAUAACUACUACUGAAGAGGCUGGACAUGGUGCUCUCAUUGAUGCCCCUUCUAAUAAAGAUGGUCAUCUUGCUGCUGCUGCGACUGGUGCUCACGUUACAUUAAGUGAAUCUGCUCCUGGGAUUGGUUCUGGUUCUGGUACUGAUGAUACCUCUUCUUCUUCUUCUUCUUCUUCUGAUCAUUCUACUGCAUCUCCUCCAUCUGCUGCUUCUGCUCCUGCUAGUGAUCCUCAACCUGGAAACAGCGACAACCAUGCAUCCACUGCAGCAGAUAACCAGGGAAGUGCUGAGGGAACACAACCUUCUUCUUCUUCCACCAGCAGUUCAGAGACAGUGAGUUCCGGUAGUUCUGAAGCCACAAUAGUUGGGAAUGGCACUUCAUCUGCAGAAAAUGGUUCAUCAAGUAACCAAGGAGGAAAUGUGAGAAUUACAGAUACUACUACCACCACCACAACAACAACAACACUUCCUCCUGAACUCACAAACAACAAGAAGGGUGAUGCAGACAGCAGCAGCAGUAUCAUCAGUUCUGUGUGGGUGCGUGUGCCACUACUGAUUGUGGUUACAAUGGCCUGUAUUCUUGUGUGCUGA